AUGACAGGCGAGAAGACCGGUACUCACCCUCCUGAUAAGGACGUCAACGCUAUAGAGCAUGUCGAAAGCCGAGGCGCAGACUUGAAGCCAGGCCAAGCAGUGCUGAAGUCGCAGACAGACAACUUAGGGUUGUGGGCGACUGUUGUGAGAUUCCGAAAGGCCGUCGUGAUCUGCAAUCUUCUAUGCAUCGCAGCUGCGGCCGAUGGAUACCAGAUCAAUCUGAAUGGAAACAUCAUCGCCAACGAAGGCUUUACUCGCCACAUCGGCUUCAUCAACGCCGAAGGCAAGGCUACCCUCAACGCGAACCACACGGCCCUAUGGGGCGCAAUGCAAUCUCUCGGGCAGCUAGUCGGCAUGAUCUUCUUGAACCCCAUCUCCGAUCGGAUCGGCCGGAAGAUGACACUGUACACGCUGUGGGUUAUACUUGCGGGGUCUCUCAUAAUCGAGACCCUCGUCCGCGACUGGCGCGACUGGGCAGGUGCAAAGCUGCUAGCGGGCAUCGGCAUCGGCGCCAUCCAGGCCACCCUUCCGGUGUACGUCAUGGAAUGGGCGCCUGUCAACAUCCGCGGCGCGUUGAUCGUGACAUAUGGCUUCUGGAACACGAUUGGCAAGUUUCUGGCCAACUUGGUGCUCAUGAUUGUGCAGGAUACCAACGAGAUGAACUUCAAGACGCCCAUUCUGACCCAGUGGGGUUUCCUGGGGAUUAUGCUGCCAAUCUUUGUCUUUCUGCCUGAGACGCCGGCUUAUUAUGCUGAGAAGGAUCAGGACGAGAAUGGCCUGAAGACACUCGCAAGAGUCAAUGGUAACGUGGAAGGCUAUGACGUUGAGACUGAGUAUCGGAUCAUCAAGAAUACGAUCCUUGCUGAGCGUCAGGCACGGCUGGAGUUUGGACAGGAUGAUAUGUCCUUCACAGGACUGCUUCGCUCUUAUGCGGCGUGCUUCAACAGGCAAAACUUCCGCCGGACGCUGGGAUCUUGCCUUCCUGGAAGCGCGCAGCAACUCGCGGGCCUGUCGUUUCUCAACACGUAUGCCAGCCUCUUCUUCAAGCAGAGUGGUUUCGAUAAUGCGUUCUUGGUGACAACAGUUCUUUGCUCAAUCCAGCUCGCCACCUCUCUCAUUCUCAUGCUCUUAUCCGAUAAAUUCGGUCGGCGACCCCUCGUCUUCGGCGCCACAAUCAUCUGCACAACCACGCUGCUUAUAGUCGGCAUCCUGGCCUUCGUGCCCUCGACUCAGGCCUUGAAGAACUUCCUCGUCUUUGUUGCCUGUGCUUGGUCGUUUGCAAAUACAACAGUUGGCAGCCUCGGAUUUGCAUUUGUUGGCGAGGUUGCGUCACAGCGCCUCCGUGCCCGAACAGCAGGCGUUGCCUCGGGCAUGUCCGUCGUUUUCGGAUUGACGUUCAACACCUCGGUCCCAAUAAUCUUGGACGUCAACGGCGUAAAUUGGGGAUACAAAACAGCUUGGCUUUUCUUCUCAACGGGGAUAUGCGUCUGCGUACUCCUUUACUUUUACCUCCCCGAGUGCUCCCGUCGCAAUGCUGCCGAGAUUGACGAGAUGUAUGAGAAGGGCGUGCCAGCUUGGAGGAUGCAUGAGUAUGUCACGGAUGUCCAGGAGCAUGCCGGGGCCAGGUUGCAGUAA